GUGUCGUCGCUCAUUCUCCAUUGGCUCUCUCUCCACUCUGCACUCAGCCUUCACACACCAGACCAGCCUUCACACAGCUGAGUGCGUGCGCCCAACGUGUGUGUGUGCGUGUGUGUGCAUCCAACCAACCUGCCUGGACCGGACUGAGCUUCCCACGCCGCUCCAAAGAGGAAAAAGAUGGAGAAAAAGAGCGCGAUCAACGGGCACAUGCCCAGCUCGGCGUCCACCGAUCGGAUCCUGGAGAAAAGCGCGCGGAAGAGCUUCAGGGAGAAGCUGAUGGAGUUCCUGGGAAAGAACCUGCUGGUAAUCAUGACGGUUUCGGGGGUGCUGGUGGGCAUCGGGCUCGGGAUGAUGGUCCGAAAAAUGGACCUGACCAAGGCGCAGAUGACCUACUUCGCCUUCCCCGGAGAGAUGCUCCUCCGGAUGCUGAAGAUGAUCAUCCUGCCCCUGGUUGUGUGCAGCCUCGUGUCCGGCGCCGCCAGCCUGGACACUCGCUCCCUGGGCAAGCUGGGGGGCAUCGCGGUCGCCUACUUCCUGGUGACCACGCUGAUCGCCUCUGGGAUCGGGGUGGCCCUGGCUUUCAUCAUCAAACCCGGCGUGGGCGCCGGAGCCCUGAACACCAACAGCCUGGGGCUGGAGAGCGUCAGCAGCAACAAGGAGACCGCGGACUCCUUCUUAGACCUGGCCAGGAAUUUAUUCCCAGCAAACUUGGUGGCUGCUGCUUUCCGUUCUUAUGCCACUGACUACAAGAUGGUUGCUGUAGGGAACGACACCAAUGGGACCGCCCUCUAUCAAAAGGUGCCUAUUGGUACAGAAGCAGAUGGCAUGAACAUCCUAGGUCUGGUGUUGUUUGCCAUGGUGUUUGGAGUGGCGCUUAGGAAGCUGGGAGAUGAGGGAGAAGAACUCAUUCGUUUCUUCAACGCUUUCAACGAGGCCACCAUGGUGCUGGUGUCCUGGAUCAUGUGGUACAUCCCUUUUGGCAUCAUGUUUCUGGUGGGCAGUAAGAUUGUGGAGAUGGAAGAUGUGGUUCUUCUGGUCACUAGUCUGGGAAAAUACAUAUUUGCUUCAAUCCUGGGCCACAUUAUCCACGGAGGCAUCGUCCUGCCACUAAUCUACUUUGGCUUCACACGCAAGAACCCCUUCAGUUUCCUGUCAGGCCUCAUCACGCCCUUCACCACUGCCUUCGCCACCUGUUCCAGUUCAGCAACUCUUCCCUCUAUGAUAAAAUGUGUGGAGGAGAACAAUGGUGUGGACAAACGCAUCAGUCGCUUUAUCCUUCCCAUCGGGGCCACUGUCAACAUGGACGGGGCGGCCAUAUUCCAGUGCAUCGCUGCUGUUUUUAUCGCUCAGCUCAACAACGUUGAUCUGAACGCUGGACAGAUCUUUACCAUCUUGGUGACAGCCACAGCCUCAAGUGUCGGUGCAGCAGGCAUCCCGGCCGGUGGCAUCAUUACCAUCGCCAUUAUCCUGGAGGCCAUUGGCCUGCCGACCAACGACCUGUCCCUCAUGCUAGCUGUUGACUGGAUUGUGGAUCGUACCACCACGGUGGUGAACGUGGAGGGCGAUGCUCUGGGUGCUGGAAUCCUCCACCACAUCAACCAGAAGGAGAUGACGAAGCAGAAGGAGCAGCAGCAGCCGCAGGAGGAAGGGGAACUGGCGGAGGUCCUGGUGGAGGUGGUGGCCAAAGUCCAGGCGGAGGAGGAGAACUCGCCGUACAUCAUUCACCAAACCAAAGCCAUGCCUGAAGCCAUUGAGUCGGUCCUGUGAACUAAGCGAGACUUUUUCUCUUGCCCCCUGACCUCUCAAUACUUCUGAUGUUGCUGCUGACCGGACACCAUUCUGACUCAGUAUACAUUAAAAAAAAAAAAGGUCCCUGAUGGUUUCUCUUUUGAGGAAAAACAAAGUGCCAUAGUAGCAGUCUGCAUAGAGCAUUGACAGACUCACUGUAUCUAGUGCGGCUGUUGGCACUCAAUGGUCUCAAUAACUGGGUUCCGUAAAACAUUCCCAUACAUGUUGAUUUGUCUGAUGUACUGUAUGAAAUGCUCAUGGCCAUACUUUUUACAUUAGAAGUCAACGUGUCUCACGUAUGAUUCAUCAUAACUGAAUUACCUGUUCGAAAAGCCUUCUGUUAUGUAAUUGCAUUUUAUUUGUUUACUUUAAUUUGUUUGACAUUUGUAGCUUAAUAGUAUUAGGUCCCAGUGUUAAAGUUUUUGUGUCAUUUAGAGAGAGGUUUACCAGGUGUGGCCAGGCUUUUAGGCAGUUGCUGACCAUCAGCAUUAACAUUUCAAAUGACAGUUUGAGAAUUUGGGCUCAUGCAAUAUGUUUAUCCAGUGACACAAUGGCCCAGUACGGUAAAGCAUUUUGAACAUUGAACCAUUUCAAAUGGUGUUUGCAUUGCAUGACGGCCUGAAUACCCAUUGAAUACGUGCUACCCUGAUACAUCCUAUUCAUGCUUGAGUAAACAGAACAUUGGGAUUAUUGACAUAACCAUGGAAAAGACUUCACAAAAAGCCAACUCAAACAUGAUAAGGUACAUCUUAUUAACAACAUUAUCAUUAUCAGCAUUUUCCAAGCACGCUCCUCUAAUGUUGUAAUGACAGCAGUUUAUAGUUGCUUUCCAAUUUGUUCUUUGAGUCUGUGUGUUAACAAUGGCUACACACUGAACAGCCAGCCGUCUCAGCUAGCUAGCUAGCUCUCAAAAGUUGCAAAAUGCGUCAGCAGUUUUUGAAUUAGGCAAGUUAGCUGUUCAAACGUCUGUGUUGGCAUCUUUCUUAUCUAUUUGUUACAAAAUCAAUUCUAACAAUACAUUAACAAUAUGAUUUAUUUAUAAACGUAGCUAGUAUAUUUGUUUACUAAUUGCUUUUGAGAAAUACGUUCCCAAGGAGUCGAAAUAAGCUAGUUUGUUUUGGGCUUUCUUUGCUAGCUAAUGGGUAACAGGGUAAAGGUAAAGGUAAAGGUAACAUAUAAGUUAGCUUUGAUUAGUGCUCAAAUUUUUAGCUAAUGUUUGCUUAGCUAAUAUAUCAGGUGUUUAGGCUAUGUCGUGGUUAGCUGACCUGAUAUUCGAGUUAGCUAAAAAUUGUAACAAACUUAACACAUAGUAUGAAAAGAUUGAAGUAUGGACAAAAAGAUUAGCUCCCAGGCAAAACCGAAAAGAAAUGCACAUCAUGAAAACACUCCAGUCUCCCAUUAAUUGAAGAAAAUGUAUUCAAUGUAUGGUUGUUAGUAAGGUCAGUAGUUUAUGAGGAAUUCACUCAAAAAUCAAAGCUUCAUCAAAUGAUAACACACAAAUACUGGAUCAAAAUGCAUGAUGAGUUCAUAUCAAACUGAAUACUGUCUCAUGAUUUUGUGAAGCCAUCCUUUGAUUUUAGAGUGUCAUUUCUUAGUAACCUGGAAGUUAUAGGAUGUGUGUUAGUAUCUGUAAUUUAAUCAUUUUAAAAACUAAAGUGAUCAGUUCAUGUCACAGGUCCUGGCUUUUCACCAAAACAUUGACUAUUUUUAAUUCAGUCUGUGUGAUCAAUGAUAGUCCUGCUGUUGUUGCUAAAUCAUUAUAAAAGGAACAUUGGGCAUUGCCAUUAUCAUGGCUAUUUUUUAAAGCGUAGAUUUUCCUUGAUCUAGGGAUAAAAUUGUAAGACUGGAUUUGUGCCAUUGUUGAUAUGGUAUGGUUUGGCAUGAAGAAAACUACCAAAUAUCUGAUGGUUUAGCAAUAAAUGUCUCCCUUUAAGGUGCAGGACUUGACUGACAGACUGAGCCUGUGCUGUCCUCUAGUGGUGUCAGGCAUUAAUGUAAAAGUAGUAAACAGGCUGAUCUCAAAGCUUGGUUGAACCAGUUUUUUUUCUGUCUGAAAUACUUUAGAAUAGAUAAUUCAGCUUGCUUUGUUGAAUGAUAACUGUGGUAGUUAUUUUAUUAUUAAUUAUUUAUUUAAACAUGCAUAGGGAACAACUGGUGAUGAGACAGCUCCGGGAGUCAUUUGAUGUUAUGCUGUAUUUUAAAGUGAAGACCAAUAAGAGGUGAAGGAACAUCAUGUAUGUGAACAUUAGCUUAAUGCAUGUUGCUGUGCCCUAAUGUCUGAGAUGCUCAUUUUGACGUAGUGGUGGUGGUGCUAUUUUUUGUUUUGGGAUCCUGGUGUGUAUGUUGUAACUGUCUGCUAUGAAAAAGUAAAUUAGUAUGUUUGAACAUUUCAUACACAUCAUUUGUUAGUUACCAGAUGUCUUUUUCUAAGCUAACACUUGCUCUGUUAGCGUAAAGCUUUACAACUAGAUUUUGUUGAGUUUUUCUGGUACAAUCACAUGCAGUUACAUUAUAUAUGUACAAUAUAUAUAUUACAUAUUAAUUUAUUGUGAUUGUUUAAACUUUUUUGUUUUAUUUGUACUUGCCUCCUUUUAACACUUUCUGAUUGUCAAGUUUUGUAUUAUGAUAACAUUUUUAAUGAACUCUCCUGCCAGUGUUUUUGAUAACCUGUUGCUAGAAAUAUACUUUAAUUUCAGGUUUUUUUGUUUAGGAAUAGCUGCUUUCUUGCCUGUGCCAUGUCAAUGUCUAACACUGUCCAGCUGUUUCUUUGCUGUUGAUCCUGCUGUCUGUCAACAUUAAAGGUGAUACAGUACAUUUUUCAUGCAACCCAAA